AUGCCUUCUGACUCCGAUGAAUAUCCUCCACAGGAACGCUCCACUCGGAGGCCAGUGGGCACCACUCCCACAGGCGGCCCCAGAGGAGCUCGACGCGCAAUGACCAGCAAGCAACGGGCAGAAUGUCGGAUCCUCAGCGCCCAUGGCAUCGCACUCUCGGUCCUUUCGAGCUGUUUUGAAAAAUCCGUCCCAACCAUCACACGUGCGCUCCGCAACGAAUAUGCUGAGCCAGACGACACCAGUCGAGAUGUGGCCCUCGCUGGCGACCUUCCGAGUAUCCUUCAUAAGUAUGAAUUAGCGCAACCCGCGUCGACACCUGGAAGUUGCCUGCCUUCGCGGCCUGGAUCGGGUUUUAGUCUGAGAUCGAGUGGUCAUGACUCCACCGAGCAGGCUGUCCAGGAGAGAGAAACGCGAUUUGGCACACUCGGAACAUAUCUGAGGCCUCAAUUUACCGCCAACUUACUGUCUGCGCAGGCUUUCGAUGACGCUCGGACUCCUCAAGCUCUCCAGCCCUUCUCCGCCUCAGAAUAUCCAGCAUGCAAGGGAAUCGACCCGGCGUUGACAAUUAGCGCUCGCAUACCCUCAAGAAAGCCGGCUGUGUAUCCUUUUCCGCCUCGUCCAUAUGCAGCUCAGAAUCUCAAUCAACCAACCCAGUUGGCAGCUAGCACCUCUCCGUCCAUUGGGGCCGGAAACAGCUUUAGUUCUGUGACACCAGUGAACAUUCAGCCCGCCGAAGACACCGACGAAAAUGCCUUACUCGUCUUCUUGCAGUCGGCGCCUCGAGAAAGCCUCGCAGGCUACAUCGGGCUCCUCCGUUCGGUUGGACUGGGGCUGCCUGAGCUCCGCAACAUGAAAUCCUGCUACGACGCAUACGCAAUGAAAAGCCACUUUGCUCUCAUCCUGACUGACCAGAUCGGCGAGCACGCCCCCAUGACCCUGCACCAUAUCGCCAUGCUCAUUGAAGCUAUAAUCAACCACUUGUAG